AUGACUGUAUCAAAUGGCAAUUUAGUAGAUGUUAGAUUUUUUGGAGCACAUGAUAAAGCAUGGAUACCUAUGAAGGAUUGCUUGCUUUAUAGUGAGAAAGAUCCAAAUUUCAGUGAUAAAGGAAAACGCUCUGAUUUCAUCGAAUCACUUAGGGAGUUAGCUAUAUAUGUGAAAAAUCUUGAGCAAAAAUUUGGAAAAUUUUGUCAUGCACCAUUCAAAACUCCAUAUCCUAAUGAUCAAGCAGCUAUUUAUAGUAUAAUGUUACCUUCAUAUAAAUUCAAAUCAGAUAUUGCAAAUAAAAAAAUAAUAACAAAACAAAAAGUUUGUGACAUAACGGAUAAACUACUAGAGGACACAAAAGGUAACAUGAAAAUAAAUAAUUCGUUAGAUGAGGAUAGUUAUAUUGAAGGAUAUGAUACUGAAGAUGAGGAAGCACUAAAAGAUGUAUCAAAUGAAUCUGUUGAUAAUGUAAAUGAUAUGAAAAUUAAACAAACACCUUUGCGUGCACGUGUUAGAAUGAGAGGUGGUAAAAUUAAUUCAACAGGAAAAAUAAAGGUAAUAAAAAUUAUGAAAGAACAUAUGGAAGAUCAAGUGAUAGAAUCUCCAGAAUCUAUGAAAACUGAAUUUUCAUCCCAAAAAAAUGACGAUAAUGACACAAAAGCUACUGAUACUAUGAUGCAUAAUGAUAGUAAAACUAAUAAAAGAAAACUAAGUACAAACAGUCUAGAAGUGCAGGAGAAAAAAAUUAAGCCAGACGAUAUUCAAGAAACUGUAUCAGCAACACCCACUAAAAAUGUCAGCAAAAUUUCCAAAGAAAAGACUCCCGAAAUUAGUCAGAGUGUUUCAGUACUUGAUAAUAAAAGUGAUAAAGAUGAAGAUGUUAACUGCCUUGUAUCAGAGCAUGAAUUGAAUCCCAAUAAAGUUGCAGAAAGUAAUGCAGUUAAUACCCUCACCAUUGUAAACCAGCUACCUCAAAUUAGUAUAAUGGGGUGUCGAAAUCAAAUUCAGUUAGCAUCCCCUUGCAAUGCUAUUGUUAUACCUGACAGCACAAUAUCCUCAUUAGAUGUUGAAAUUAAAACUGAACCAAUUGAUGGUUAUGAUAUCGAUAAAUCAUAUAAUGCAUCAGAAUCCACUACUGAGGCAUAUAUUGAUAAUUCUACAAAAAAGCAAUCUGCUAGAAAAUCUUUUCCCAAUAAACCCAAGAUGAAUAUAUCGCCUGCAACCAAAAAUAAUUCAAAGGAGUCGGGAAGUAUUAAUCCUGCGAGUAUGGUUUAUAUACCACAAAAUUCUACAGCACCUAAAGUGGAAGCAAAGUAUCAAGUAUCAGCAGCAUCCUCAAAUCAACAGCAAACAUCAGCAUUUGUGUUACCUAAAAGACAAGAAGCUUCUAUUAAGAUUUGUAAUACUCCAAGAAAUAAUUCUUCCACAAUUGAUAAUAGUACAGCUUUCAAAAGUGCUGAUCUCAUAGAAGAGCAUAAUUACAGACACACAAAUGUACCUGUUGAAGAAAAGCAAGAAAAUAGAACUACUUUCGGUCCAUUAUCAACAUCUAUAAACACAAGUUUUCCAUCAGAAUGUGGUCCAGUUUCACAAAUUAUAAAUGAGAAUGCACUUAAGUUAUCAAGAUAUUUUCAAAAUUUGCUACAUCAAACAUUGGUUGAUUUUGGCAAUGCUGGUUCUACAGACGCCCAAGUUAAAAAAUUACAAGCUGAUAUUGAAAGUUUGAAGUGGAUUCAUAAGCAAGAGCUCAGUGAAAUAAAACACAAUACUGAGCUUAUAUUAUUAGAAAUAAGAAAUAGUUUUGAAAUAGAUAAUGCUCAUAAUAUAACAAAGUAUAAAAAGAAGGCAGAAGCUGAGCGAAUUCGGUGUGUUCAAGAAGCUAAAAGCAAGCAAUGGUGUGUUUAUUGUGGGAAAGAAGCUCAGUUUUAUUGUUGCUGGAAUACUUCAUACUGUGAUCAUGAAUGCCAACGAAAGCAUUGGAAUACCCACAUGACCCUUUGUGGCCAACACAGAGACACUAAUCAAGAUGAUUCUUCAACCUUAAAUAUAAAUGAUUCAAGAUCAAAAAUAAAGACUAAGACCAUAAAUCAAAAUAUUAUACAAUCUUUCAAAAGAACUCCGAAAUUGAAACAUAAUUUGGAUAAACCUACAAUAUCCAAUAAAUUCUAUUUAGAAAGUCCAAUCAUUUGAACAUUUCAAAGUGUUCGUUCAUAGAUUCUAGAAAAAUCACAUUAUAGAUUCCCACAUAAAAGCAAAAAUAUUAAUGAUUUUGAUGACAAUUUAAUAUGAUGAAUAU